CUCGGACGUUGCUGCUCUAUCUUCAUGUUUCCGCCUGGGUUACCGCGCAUCGCAUACUCCCGGUUAAAUGCGACCGGGAGACGGCUUCUGUCCACCGGGGGUCCUAAGAACCGUCGAGAGUUCAAAGUGGUGCUCGACAACGAGACACUGUAUGUCGAGCAGCCCCUCGCAGAGGCUCUCGGAUGGAAGCCUGAAGAGGGACACAAAAGUGUGCCAUUGACAUUUAGCGGAUGGUCGCCGCACUACUUUGCGAUUGCACGGACUACCACCGAUAGUGACCUUUUGGCACGCGGAACGGUAGAAAGCAGCCAUAAUCUGCGCAUUUUAGAGGUGCUUGAAUAUUUGAAGGAUCGCUGAUGAUGACACGAAUUUCUCCCCGGAGCAUGUAUAACGUUAGAUGUCAGGACUGAUAUGAUCUAUAGAAUAACAAGCAGCAAUCUUGCGUGG